AACCGUUAGGGAGGAACCUUGUUGGGGCGACGACAUUCCACAAAGUUGAUUCAAAGUAUGUGCAUUACAUUUAAAAUGACAGCGACAAGAAUCAGUCUCUACCUUCACUAGAUAUCAUGGGACACAAGAAGAAAACAUCCCUGAAAGUGACGCUGCAAUCGCAGCAGACUCGGCUCAAGAACAAAGAAAAGGCCGCACAUGCUGCUGAAGCUGCAGAACUCAAGACGAAGCAUAAAGGCAAGGGGAAAGCUCCAGCUCUCCGACCCACUAUCCCGUUCACGCCUACCGAUAAAAUACUCUUGAUCGGCGAGGGUAAUUUCUCGUUUGCACAUGCGCUCGUUAUCGAUCCUCCUUCUUCGCUGGAACAUCUCCCGCCAUCGAACAUCACAGCUACUUCUUAUGAUUCCGAGGAGGAAUGCUAUGAUAAAUACCCAGAUGCGAGAAGUAAAGUGGAUGUUCUCCGGGAGCGCGGCGUGGAGGUUUUUUUUGGCGUAGAUGGAACUAGACUCGAGAAAAUCCAUGCUUUGAAAGGGAAGCGGUUUAAUCGCGUCGUUUUCAACUUUCCUCAUGCAGGAAAGGGUAUAACAGACCAAGACAGAAAUAUACUAUCUAAUCAGAUGCUUAUCCUGGGGUUUCUUCGUUCUGUUGUUGGCUGCCUUGCAGAAGGCUCCAUUCCAACGCCUAACCUGCCACGAAAACGAAACAGGCCUGCAGACGACGACGACGACGACGACGUGAACGACGAUGCGGCAGAUGACUAUAUGGAUGCCUCGUCGCCUUCUGCAACGCAGGGCGCAAGGGGAACAGUGCUCAUCACCCUGCGCAACGUUCCGCCAUACACCAACUGGGACGUGCCAAGACUGGCAAAGACACCUCCAAAACCUACAUCAUUAGGGACUCUACCGAACCCAAACUAUAAGCUUCUGCGGUCGUUUGUAUUUCACAGGAAUACAUGGAAGGGAUAUGAACACCGCAUGACAAAGGGCGAGAGAGCUCAUGGUCGAGGUACAACAGGUGAAGGAGGGGAGGAUCGGACAUGGGAAUUUUGCCUCAAAGACUGAUAUUAACCAUUCUUCUAUGAAAGUGCGUGGUGCGUGAACUAUG